CUUGUUGGGGGAGCAGUUUUUUGUGCAGUAUACUCGGAGGUGCAUAGCGUAAUGUCCAUGCUGUACUACACUCUGAUUAUAGCUUUUUUGAUCGGCACACAGGCAGCUCCAAAGUCUGAGGACAAUGGUCCACUGGAGUAUCCUGCAGAACACUCCCUGCUCAAUACCCACCGGAGUAACAGACACCACAUUCCCAAGACAGCUCCACAGACAUCCCACGGCCACUAUACUUGGACGAUAGGUAGAAGAGAAGCUAUAAAUAUCACCAUGGACCCAAAAUUUUUUAAGAAGAGGCGUUUCCGGUCUCCUCGGGUGCUGUUCAGCACACAGCCCCCCCCAGUGUCAGGGCAAGGACAGAAUACGGGAUUUCUCAGCAGUGCAGGUUCUCUCAACAGAACUGCCAGGACCAAGAGGACUGCACAUCCUGUACUACACCGGGGAGAGUUCUCAGUGUGUGACAGCGUCAGCAUGUGGGUUGGGGACAAAACCACAGCCACUGACAUUAAAGGCAAAGAGGUGACAGUGUUGGGAGAGGUCAACAUUAACAACAACGUUUUUAAGCAGUACUUUUUUGAGACCAAGUGCAGGGACCCUAAGCCAGUCUCCAGUGGGUGCCGAGGGAUCGAUGCAAAGCACUGGAACUCUUACUGCACCACAACACACACCUUUGUCAAAGCGCUGACAAUGGAGGGCAAGCAAGCAGCCUGGCGAUUUAUUCGAAUUGACACAGCCUGUGUGUGUGUGCUCAGCAGGAAGUCAGGGAGACCCUGAGAUGGA